CACUUGGCGAAGUGUUUAUGCAAACACAUACAAGGGCUGAUGGAUCAUUUGUGGAUCAAAAAGCUAAAGAAGUUGCUGAGGCGUAUGCGAAGGGCAUUGAAGACAGGAUGUCUGAAUUGGACGAGGAGGGUCCUCAGAAUUCUGCUAAUUCCUCUGAACAUUCCACUGACCGUAUGCUCAGCAUUGAUGAAAAGAAUGAGAUCUUUCUUAAGUGUACUCAUAAAGAUGACAAAGGCACUCCUUAUGGUAUUGGAUCACUUGUGGAGACGUUGAACAAAGGAAAGAGGAAGGAGAGUUAUGCGAGCUCUUCUACAUCAACCACUGUGGAGCUUCAAGAACAGCUGCGGCGCAAGAUAUCUGAACACGAUGCUGAAAAUGCAAGACCUGAUGAGGAGCACCGCCAAUCUCAAUCUCGUAUCUCCAGCUUGGAGAAACUUCUUGAAUUCAUGAAGGAGAAAGAUCCUGAGUUGGCAGCUUUCUUGUCAUCUGCUUCUACAGCACCUGAACAACCCAACCAAGAUGAUGAUCCUUUUGUGUAUGACUAG